CGGUCAGCUACCAAGAGUGAAAUAGUUACCACUACCAAUAUAAAGAAAAAUGAAGGCUUUCGUUGCAGUUCUUUUCGUGGUUGCCUCGGUUCUGGGCGACCCUGAACCCAGUAAAACCAUUCAGAAGCGUAGCGGACUCCUGGGUCACUAUGCUGAUCUUUACGGCCACGGGUUGAGCUCGGGCAUCGCUGUCCAUGCUGGCCCGGCUUUCGGCGCCCACGGAUUAGCCGGCCCAGCCAUUGCUGGUCAUGCCAUUGCUGGUCAUGCCAUUGCUGGUCAUGCCAUUGCUGGUCCUGCCAUCGCCGGUCCUGCUAUCGCUGGUCCUUAUAGUGCCGGUGUGAUCGCCGCCGAGGGCGCUGGAGGAGCUAUUAUUGGAGCUAAUGUGCACACCACUAUAACUAGACACGUCGGAGUACCCGUUCCAGCUCCGUACCCUGUUGCCGUCGACAGACCUGUGCCAUACCCCGUCAGAGUUGGCGUACCUUACCCCGUGGACCGCCCCUACGCCGUACCCGUCCCCAGACCUUACCCAGUAGCCGUUGAGAAGCACGUCGCCGUACCAGUCGACAGGCCCGUACCGGUACCCGUACCCCAUGCAGUACCCGUACCCGUGGUCAAACAAGUUGGAGUACCAGUCCCAGCUCCGUACCCAGUGGCGGUACCCAGGCCUGUUGCGGUACCAGUACCCGCUCCAGUGGCUGUACCUUAUGUGAAAUCCGUCAUCGGCGCCCACGCACACUUGGGCAGCGCAAUCGGACACGAUAUUCACUCGCACGGCUUCCUCGCACACAAACACGGAUGGUAA